AUGAGUUCUUCAGUUAUUAAUGAUAGUACUAGCAGUAUUAAUAAAUUAUUAUAUGACCAUUCUUUAGAAACUUAUACAAUCCAUUCUACUGAUGAUGUAAUGAUAAAUAAUCAACGAGUUAGUAAACCAGACACUUGGAUAGACAAUGAAUGGGAGAAAUCAUCAGUGUUAUCAAAUACUUUUAGUGAUCUUAAUAAACAUCAUGAAUUAUAUUCAGAAAAGAAAGAUGUUGGUGAUAAUUUACUACAAAGAGAAACUGAAUUUACAAUGAUAAAUAAAUUAGUUAACCAUGAAGAUGACGAAGACAUUGAGGAUGAAGAAGACGAUGAUGAUGAUGAUGAUGAUGAGGAGGAGGAUGAUGGUGGGGAAGAUAGAGAUGUAGAGAAAGAUCAACAACGGCCAUUUAUUAUAAAUAAUUCUAAGGUAUCCAGAUUUUCAAUGAACGCUAAUAACUCACCAAUUCCAACUCCCUUAAGUAAUAAUGAUCCUAAUAAUAAAAUUCAUAUUCCUGAUCACUUGUUUAUCAGAUCUACAGAUAACAAACGUCAUUUUGAGUUGUUUAGUAAAGAAACUAAUAACAAUAACGCUGGUUCAUUAUCAAUGUCAUUAUCAUCACCAUCAUCACUAAUUCCACCUAUGAUGAAUUGCUGUAAACAAGAAGACAAAAGUGCCGUAUGUGAAGCAGAAACGAAAAAUGAAGAGACAAUACAAAAUUCAAUAAACACAACACAUAUACCAUCAUCCCUUUUUCAGUCUACUGUUGAUUCAUCAUGGAAUAAAUCAAUGUCAAAUUUUGGAUCUUGGUUAGGUGAACAAAUAUCUCCUUCACUUAAUCAACAAUAUCAUAAUGAUAAUAGUAUUAUUACUUAUAAUAAAAAUCAUCAAAAUCGCCAUGAACAACAAAACCCCCAUCUAUCAUAUUAUCACCAUAAUCAUAAAGGAUCCAUUGAACAAUUAUUCACAAACUAUAAAUGUACAUCAGCGUCACAAUUACAUAUUGAUCAUGAUUCAAUAAGAGUUUCAUCUGAUAUACCAUUAAAUUCAUUCCGUCAAUUGACUAAUGAUCUGUUACCUAACUCAACUGAACUAGAAAAUAAACAACAUCCAUUUAUUUCUAGCAUACAUCAAAAUAAUCAUUCCAAUAUUAAUGAUGAUAAUCUUAUGAAUAUUUAUUGUAUGAACAAUUUGUAUCCUUCAACAUAUACAGAUUUUAUGUCAACACACAAUAAUAAUAAUAAUAAAGAUCAAACCAACUCUUCAGAUACAUUUCAAAUCUUCAAUUCAUUCGAUUCUUCAUUAAAUAAUAGAAAUGUUAAAAAUUUCGAUUUGAUAAAUGAUGUUUUUACUAAGAAUUUAAUUGAUACAACAAAUUCCAUAUCAUAUUGUUCAUUAUCAACUACAAUAACAAUGACUAUAGGGAAUACAAUACCAACAAUAAUGUCAACAACUAAAACAACAAAUUCUAUCAAACAAGAUAUUCCCGAUUUGACAGCUGCAGCAGCGGCUGCUGUCGCUUUUCAUGGUUUAGAUCCAGCUACAACUGUUCAAAUGUUAAGAAUGUCUUCAUUAGCUAAUAAAUUAAGAAAUAAAACAAAAAUCUUAACAGAUGGUCGAGAAUGUGUUAACUGUGGAGCUACUCAAACACCAUUAUGGCGUAGAGAUGAAGCUGGACAUUAUUUAUGCAAUGCAUGUGGCUUAUAUCAUAAAAUGAAUGGAACAAAUCGACCACUGAUAAAACCAAAACGUCGUAUGUCCGCAAACCGUAAACUUGGUACAUUCUGUGCUAAUUGUCGAACAUCACAUACAACAUUAUGGAGACGUAAUCAACAAGGCGAUUCAGUAUGCAACGCAUGUGGACUUUACUACAAAUUACAUCAUAUAAAUCGACCAUUAUCUAUGAAAAAAGAAGUUAUUCAAACAAGAAAUCGAAAAUUAACUCAAGCUAAAAAAAGGAAAGAUUUAGAACAUUUCACUAAAUUAUUAACAUCUAAUAAUACAAAAUAUAUUACAAAAGAAUUACAAACAAAUAGUACAAAUUCAAAAAUGACACAAUGGUUUAAAAUAAAUCAAAUGGAAUCAACAAUACCAAAACGAACACUUCCUAAUGUAGUUCAUAAAGAAAAUUUACUACUAAGUGUUAAUGGUAAUAGUAAUAAUAAUAAUAAUCAUAAUAAUAAUAAUAAUAAUAAUAAUAAUAAUAAAUCAUCUUAUAGACAUUUAAACUAUCCAAUUACAAAUUUCUAUUCAUGUUCAAAAUUCUAUCAAAAAAAUAAAUUAGAUAAGAAUUAUUAUACUUAUUUAACUGAUACUACAAAUGAACACAUUGAAAAUAAUCAUCAACAAUUAAAUGCUGCAGCAGUGGCAGCCGCUGCAAUUGCAGCCAAUUAUAUUAGUGUUUCAACUCAUUCAACAAGUUCAAAUUCAAUAUUAUCAAAGAAUUCAACAGAAUCUACACCAUCACCAUCUUUAUCAACAACUGUUUCAUCAUUAUCAACAUCAUCAUCACUAAACAGUUCUUAUGUAUCUAAUACAAAAACAACUGACAAAUUAAUAAAAGAACAAAUAAAAAUCCCUAUAAAUUCAGUAGUUUUACAAUCAUCUAAAUCUAAUGAAAAUGAAAUGAUCAGUCAUAAUUUACAAUAUAAUUUUAAUAUUAAUAUAAAUUCGUUUGAAAAUAACACUUCAUUAAUUUCAACUCCAUGGAAUUCUUUUAUAUCUAAAAACAUCUAAACUAGAUCUUUUAUUCUUUUCAGGGAAAAAAAUGAUAAACAUUUUGAAAUAUGAAAAUGCAAUUUAAUAGUUUAAUUCAUGAGUCAAUUGAAGCUAGACCACUAUUGAAAAUCUGGAAACACUGAACAGUCAUCUAUUCCUAGUAUGGGAUACCUCAGCAGUGACGCAUCUACGAUUCCACACACGGGAUUCAAACUCAGGACCUUUGGUCUCACACGUAGAUCAGUUAGCAGACAUUCAACGGUGCUAAUUUAUAACCUCAGUCGAUCCAUGAUGGAUCCGUGUCAAACAGUUAUCCAUCAAAGACAAAGAUGGUCGUACAAUAUCGUGCAUUAGCUAAAGUUGAAGGAUACCGGUUCAGUGGUUUAGAGGUUAAGCGUUCGCGCGCGAGAUUGAUAGGUCCUGGAUUCGAAGCUUAUGAGGCGGGAUCGUGGGUGCGCACUGCUGUGUCCAAUAUCAGGAUAAAACGGCCGUCCAGUGCUUCCAGGUUUUUCAUGGUGGUCUAGCUUCUAUCGACACAUGAACUCAACUAAUAAAUUAUUAUAAUAUCCACAAAACCUCUCUCACUGAAUAUGAAAAUGUCUUGAUUAAAUGUUAUGUUGUAUAUAUUAUAAAUCUUUAAAGAAUAAUUUUUGAUCAUUUUCAAACAUACUUCUUAAUAAUUGUCAGUAUAUUUUGCUUUACUGUUAAAAUAUUCAAUUUAUUUGAUAAAUAUUAUUCAUAUG